GUCGGUGCCCAGCGGCCACGGGAACAGGCAGCAUCAUAAAAUCUUAAUCAAGUGAAAAUGGCCUUCAGCAAUCUGACAUCAAAGGCUGUGCUACUGUAUGAUGAAUGGAUUAAAGAUGCCGAUCCAAGACUGGAAGGUUAUCCACUCAUGUCUUCACCUUUUCCAACAACCUUUAUCAUUGGAACCUACAUUUAUUUUGUCACUUCCUUGGGACCCAGGCUCAUGGAAAAUAAAAAACCUUUUGAACUCAGGCAGAUAAUGGCAUUUUAUAAUUUUAGUGUGGUAGCACUCUCCAUAUAUAUGACUUACGAAUUUCUUAUGUCAGGCUGGGCCACAGGGUACUCAUUCCGUUGUGACAUUGUUGACUACUCAAGGUCACCUACAGCUCUAAGAAUGGUACGAACUUGUUGGCUUUACUACUUUUCCAAAUUCAUUGAAUUAUUAGACACUAUAUUUUUUGUCCUACGUAAGAAAAACAACCAAGUUACAUUCCUGCAUGUCUUUCAUCAUUCCAUCAUGCCAUGGACCUGGUGGUUUGGAGUCAAAUUUGCUGCAGGUGGUUUAGGAACAUUUCAUGCUUUGCUGAACUGUAUUGUCCAUGUUGUCAUGUAUACUUAUUAUGGAAUCUGUUCUUUGGGACCAGCCUAUCAUAAAUAUUUGUGGUGGAAAAAAUACAUGACAACUAUACAACUUGUCCAGUUUAUUAUGAUUACGGUCCAUAUAGGACAAAUCUACAUCAUGGAUGAUUGUCCGUACCAGUAUCCAAUUUUCAUGUUUAUUAUUUGGCUGUAUGGCUCUAUGUUUUUAGUCUUGUUUCUCCACUUCUGGUACCAUGCUUACACGAAGGGACAAAGACUACCAAAGAUGGCAAGAAAUGGGAUGAGGAAAGAUCAGUGAAAGAAGCUCUUGUCUCUAAAACCAAAAAGUGUAUACGUCAAAGUGGAAACUUGCACUACUUGACAAUCAAGAUAUUUAGAUGCACAUGCUACACGAUGUAAAUUUUGUAUGUUUUCUUUCAAAACAGAAUUUGUAUUUUUACCGUAAGUUAUUUGGGAUUAGAAUUUGUGGGGUGGGCAAAGCAGCAUGGAUCUCUGAUUGAAGAAAAAAAAAAAAAAAAGAAGAAAGAAAAAUGUUUUUUCAACAACUUGUUCAUGUUUAUCUUGUGAGAAAUGAACGGAUAGGUGAUGUCUAUCUAGGACAUGAAUGAAUGAAAGUAAAAAUAUUAAUUGGGAAAGUUAAAAUGUGCAUGACAAGUACUCAGUACUUUGAACACUGAGGGGAAAAAAAUCACUUCACCUUAAAUGUUAGAAGUUGUUGAGACUGUCAGCUGCAUUUUAUUGAAAGAAUUAAUCUUCAAUAAGUACUGUUGAUAGGAUCUAAAGCUUAUUAUUAAUGUAGUUAAUACAUAAACAUUGUUACAUGUGUUUACAAGCUGUAUUACUUUAAAGAAAGGAAUGUAUGUUAAUCUGUCAAGGUAUGGCGUUUCACUUGAAGAUCAUAGAUUUUUGGCUGUACUGUCUUUUACUAAGAUAAUUACUUUCAUGUUAUACUCACUUGAACAUUAUUCUACAUAUUGGAAACCUACUAAUUUGUGAAUUAUCUGAACUGUCUUGUAGUGUAAUGAUCAAAACAUAUUACCAAUUUGUUCACCAAAGUAGCCUAAUAUACUUACUGUUCAACAGAUCUAUGGAUAUAUUUUGAUAUUGGUAGCUAGGCUAAUUAGGGGCGAGGAAAUAAUUGUAUUUCAAUAGCCAAAAUCUUCAACCUCAAAUAAGUUUUUUAAAAAUAUUUUUUGAUUUAAGCCUGUCACCUAGUAUGACUGUACUGUGCUGUGUUUUCUUCCAUUUCCAUUAUCUGUCUCCAUUCUUGUUAUUGUUUGUUUGUAUCAACUCAAGGUUGAAGUUUCUCCAUUAAUAGUACCAGUUACCUUGUCCAGAACUAGGCAAGAAGAUAUUUGCCAUUCUCUGAGCUGCUGAGAGUGGGGCAGGCAGUCGUGACAGGGCAUGACUCCAGUUCGUGUAGAAUUAACCAGUAUGUUGUUUUCCAUGGUUACGCAGAUUGUUAGGGUGAUAUGUGUCUAGAAGUUGAAGGACCUAGCUAUUUGUAUGCAAGUCACAUUUGUUCUGUAUAUCAAGGAACUGGUGUGUGCAGCAGACCUGUGAAUGAGGACUUAAAUGGCUUUAAAUUAAUGUUACCUUUAAAAGUACUGUUUUUUUGUAAUGUUCACUACUAACAGAAAAAGAGCGUGUGAUGUUUGUUUUGUGUUUGAUCUGUCUGUGGGUUUUUUCAAAUACCCAAGACU